AUGAUGAGUUUCCCACUACUCGCAAUUCUUCUUACACUCACGAGCCUUCAGCUCACAAUAGCAUCACCGCUCAAACCUCGCAACCCAACAUGUAGGCAAACGAAAGUUGCUGUUCUAGGUGCAGGCACAGCAGGAAUUACUGCGGCCCAGGCAUUACACAACGCCUCCAUCUCAGACUUCCUCAUUAUCGAUGUCAAUGACUACAUUGGUGGCCUCCUGCAUCACACAAACUUUGGAAAGAAUCUAGCAACAGGACAACCAUAUACCAUCGAACUUGGAACAAACUGGUCGAGUAUCCAAACUUUUGACGAGAAUGGAGCGGUUGACUAUGCUUACCUGCUUGACGACUAUGAAACAGCAUAUGGGACAGUCGAACAAGAUGCAGGUCGAAUCUUGAAAGAAGACCUCCAGGAUCGAACCUUUCGUUCUGGACUACUGGUUGCCGACUGGUUGCCCAAAGACGACAUGCACAAACAAGCUGCCGAAUGGUGGCAGUUCGACUGGGAAUACGCCUGGCCUCCAGAGCAAUCCGACGAAAACAACCUCUGCACCGACCCUCGCGGCUUCAGCUACUGGCUCCAAUCCGAAGCCUCUACCUUCCUCACCCCCAACGACCCCCGCGUCCUCCUCUCCACAAACAUAACCUCAAUCGACUACUCUGCCAAGGACUACGUGACCAUAACCACCUCCACCGGGUCCUGCAUCCAAGCCUCCUACGCAAUCUGCACCUUCUCCGUCGGCGUCCUCCAAAACGACCUCGUAUCCUUCACCCUGCCCCUCCCCCCCUGGAAAGAAUCCGGCAUCGCCCAAAUGCAAAUGGGCACCUACACGAAAAUCUUCUUCCAAUUCCCACCCUCGCCCUCGGGUUCCUACUUCUGGGAAACCCCCUCCUCCUCCGCCGACACGCAAUUCUUCCUCUACGCCGACCCUUUCGAGCGCGGCUACUACCCGGUCUGGCAAUCCCUCACCGCACCGGGCUUCCUGCCCGGCUCCGGGAUCAUCUUCGUGACCGUGACAGCCGCGCAAGCGUACCGGGCCGAGAACCAGGACGACGAGACGGUGAAGAAUGAAGCGUUAGCUGUGCUGCGGAGCAUGUUUGGAAACGACAGCGUGCCGGAACCGAUCCAUUUCUUGUAUCCGCGCUGGACGACGACGCCGUGGGCGAUGGGGAGCUAUAGUAAUUGGCCGCCGGGGCUGAGUCUGCAGAUGCAUCAGAAUCUGCGGGCGAAUGUCGGGAGGGUGUGGUUUGCGGGGGAGGCGAAUAGUGUUUCUUAUUUUGGGUUUUUGCAGGGUGCUUAUACGGAGGGUCAGUAUGUUGGGGAGGCGGUCGCGGGGUGUGUUAAUAGCAGGUUUGAGUGUAGGGAUGAGCCGCAUUAUGAGGAUAUUAAGGGGUAUACUACUGGGAGUUCGAUGCUUCAACAGAAGAAUGGGUGGUUUGUGGAUAGUACUUCAUUUUGA